GGGCAGGCUAGAGCUAUAAAACCCCUGGGCUUGCGAGCAGUGUGGGGCAGCAGCCAAAGGGGAAGGAGGUUGUGCACGAGAGAGCUCCAGAGAGCGGCUUGGCUGCUGGUCCGACUGCUGUGAGAGGGGAACUGCUGUGCCCCGGGGAGGCGCGGCGCGUCGCAGGCAGGGGGAAGCAGAAGCACCAAGCCACGAAGAAAAUGUAAGCUAGCCUGCUGCCUUCUUUAAUUCCUGGGUUUUGUGGUUAAAAGCCAUUGACUGACGGAGCACGAUGCCCACCACCGUGGUGCGGGUGAGUGGCCUGGAGGUGUCGGCGGCAGGUGCGGACCACCCCAUCGUCCACGUCCACGUCAGCCGUGAGUCGUGGCUGCACUACCUGGUCAAGGCGCUGCGGGCCGUGCGGCUGGACCAGGUCAAGGCCUGGCUGGCCCCUGGCCCAGGCCCUGCCCGCAGCUGCUGCGUCCAGGAGAUGAAGGCGCUGGGGGUGGCCCAGAUCGUGCUGGGCGUCAUGUGCGUGGCGCUGGGUGUGGCGCUCUGCUUUGGGCCCUACACAACGGUGAUCUGGCUGCGGUCCCCGUUCUGGACAGGGGCGCUGUUCGUGGGCUUGGGUGCGCUCUGCGUCCUGUGCAGGAGACACGGCACGGGCUGCUUGCUCUUCCUGACAGCCUGCCUGGCCCUGGCUAGCGUGGUAGGGGCGACUGUGGCCGUGGUGUGUGGGGGGAUCGAGGUGGUGCAGUCACGCCGGGGCACGAGCACCCCGUGCAGCAAGUCUCCUUUUGACGGCUCGUACACGGAUGGCUGGACGUGGAGGGAGUGCCAGGAGAAGGUGCAGAUGAAGAACCUGUUCCUGGGCGUCCGGGUGCUGCUGUUGGUGACCACGGCCGGCGCCCUCGUCAUUGCCGCCUGCUGCCUCGUCUGCACUUGCCAGAUCCUCUGCUGCCGGACGCAGGACCAGGCGGAGGCUGCAGCAGGUGCGGAGCCGCUGGUGAUCUCAGUGCCCACAGCCCAGGCCCAGUCCCAGCCAGACAAGGAGACGUGUGUGGACAGUGCCUGAGCCAGCUACAACCCCGGGCUCUCUCCUACGCCUCGUCUUGCCCUGCGCCCAGCCUGGGGGCCGGGGAGCCCAUCUCUAGCACUGCCACCCCUGCGCUCCCCUCUCCCUGGCUGCGGCCGCGUUGGGGCCCUUCGCUCGCAGCCUCCUGUCCCGCCCCCUGCUCCCAAUAGAGCUCCGCGGUGCAGGUCUGUUUGCUGCUGACAGGUCUGUGGAUGCUGGGGGGCCGUGCAUCCUGCACCUUGUCCCUAAAGCAGCCCUCACCCACCCCCAGACUGUCCCAGGCCCUGGGAGAUAGGCCCUGGCCACAGGUGCUCUCCAGUGCCCACCACGGAGCUGCCCUGACCCAGCCCCACGUUGGCUUCUACCCUUGGGCCAGUCUGUCCCCACAUCUCGCAGCACUCGCUUUGCACCAGGCAGCAUCCAGCCACCCCAAGCAGCCUCGCACGCAAGUCGGCUCGUGCACCCAGCUCACUGGUGACAGCAGCAUGAGCAGAAUAAAGUGAUCAGGGAGACUUAUGCAGUCUCUGGUCCUAAUUUACCAAACGCUGGAGCAAUUCCGGUCUGUGAGCAAGCCCGCCGACCAUGUAGCCAGAUACUAACCCACCUCCAGCGCUUUCAAGGCU